AGUUCAUUUUGUAUUACAACUUGAAAAUGGACAAAAUCUUAUACAUUUUAUCUGUGUUAAUUACUUUGUUGCUAUUUAAGACAGGUAAUGCUAGUAAUAACUGUGUAGUUUCUAAAAGAAUAACUUAUGGUAGUUCUACAACACCUGAGGUACAGUGCUUAGCUUAUGGAGGCUGCUGGGAUGCUGAAGGAUGUUAUAUAGGUAACGAUUACGUUGCUGGCUUUCGGACAGUAAAAAGAAUAUGCGAAGUGGGGCUGGUGAUCAGCCAACAUAACAAUCUCAGUCUGCAAGAAUGUGGAAGAAGGUGUCUUUUCAAUGAAAAUUGUGAAACCUUUAUUUAUCAAUUUGACAUUACCACUUGUCAACUAAGAGACACUAUAUGUCAUCAAUAUAGCUCCAGUGUUGAACCCUCUAAUUAUAUAAGAAGCUAUGCCAAAAUGGCUGUGAAACAAUGGACGGAAUAUCCGGGAAAUUGCGCGCAAAAUGAUAUAGCGAAUACUAUGGAAAAUGUUAAUACCUGUGCAAUUUCUUGUAAAAGUCAAUCUACUUGCAAAAUCUUUGUGGCCCCACGAAGUACCGCAAGCAACUCUGCUUGCUUUAUGAAAGAUACAGUUUGUGAUAUACUUGAUCCAGGUAAUGCUCGCGAGUUAUCAGCAACUACUUUUCUGCCUGGCCCUAUAUAUUCAGAUUUAAAUGAUCACAGUCAAUCGAAACUAAUCCAUAUAACUGAUUCAGAAUUAGCUGAUACUUGCGUUGCUUCAACCACUGAAAAAGAUUUUAAUUUGAGAAUUCCAUGGCCAAAUCUUGGAGAUGGAAAUCCCGAUUUUCGAAUUGUUAUUAAAGGUAAAAACAUGAAAAAUUGUAUGAAUAUCAAAUAUGGUCUAACAAUGUCGGGCGUUCUGGCGUAUGUUGGUAUAGAUGGCCAAAUAAGUCCAUCUUUUAGUGGUCCAUUUAACGCUUGUGAAUACGAAAGUGGCAAUAAUGAUACGGAGUGUAUAUACAAGUGUACAUGUGGAGAAGACUAUUGUCAGGCAGCUUACAUAAGAGGCUUUGGCUCUGAUGACGAUAAUAUGGAAAUUUGUUUCUAUAAUGUUCUGUCAACGUGAUUUUCUUAUUAAAAUUGAAUAAAUUAUGAUUGUCAGUCUUUAAAAUAAAGAUAGAAUGAGAAUUCUUUUAUUAUUGUUUAUACUCGUGUGGUAUGAUAGAGAGUAUAUUGAUUAAUUAUUUGAAUGAAGCGUUAUUUAACCCAAAUUGAGCAAACUUCAUUCAAUACCUAUAUUCAUAUAUGUUUCCGGUAUAUUAUUAUUUCUAUAACAACAUUUUUAAAAAAAUAGCCUCUACAAUCAAAGUAUAAGUCCUACAUUAUCCGAAUAUUGAUAUUUAAAAUACUGUAUAUUUCAUGUGUCAAUUGAUUGCUUACACAGAAUUAUACCUGCGGGAAAUGUUUGUGUUCAACUAACAUUCAACUGUUUCUACAUAAGAUAUUGAUGCUAAUAUGUCUAAUGAAAAAUGUUUUAUUAGCAAAAUAUAGAUUGAAUUGAAGAA